CCCCCCGCCCGCCACAUCGACGACAUUCCGACGCAGGACACGCUUCAGGGUGCCGGUGACGCUAUUGUUCAUGCCGCCUCUGAUUCCGACUCCGACUCCGACUCCGACUCCGGCCGCGACGACCUCGAGUGCCUCAAGAGAGUUCAGAGCCUCUACCAGCCUCUGGCCACUCUCCCACCGCUGGAGGCGCUCGUCACGGCGUCCGACACUGACGACGACGGCGUGGACGACCUCGAGACGGUGCGCGCCAUUAUGAGACGUUUUAAUACCUACGGCGAAGGUCACCUUGAAGGUGGAACAGAAACAAAGCCUGAGCGAGAUCAGACCUCCAGCCUAGGAUGUGAGGGUGGCAUCGCUAACGGCUCAAUCCAUUGUGAAUCAGAUGGUGGUGGAUUAUGUCCUGUUUCUCAAGAUCCUAACGAGGUUGCCACUAAGGAGUUGGCUGAGAACGCUGAAAUACAGCUUAGUGAUUUUGUUGAGAGUUUUGAACCUGAUACCUAUGAGUCAACCGGAUCCCCACAGAAAAAAUCUAACUUUCAUCCUGUAGUUCAGUAUUUUAUUGAUGCCAUCAAGCAAAAUAGGGAUUUGCAGAGAUUUCUUAGAAGUAAGUUGAUUGCACUUGAGGCUAAAAUUGAGGAAAACAAACAGAUAAGGAACAAAAUUAAAAUUCUUAAGGAUUUCCAGGCUUCGUGCACUAGAAGAACUGGGAGUGCGUUAUCACUGAAAAAGGAUCCACUUGUUCAGUUAAUAUCAGCAAAAAAGUCUACUGCUCCAAAGAACUCUAAGAAGAAGCAUAAAAAAAUACCAGCAAUGUGUUAUGGCCCAGAAGAGAAUUCUCGUGUUGCUAAUUAUAGGAUGGUGUUGGAAAGAUUUCCGCUUUCAUGGGAUCGGAAAAAAUGGUCUAAGGUAGAAAGGGAAAAUCUUUCAAAAGGAAUUAAGCAACAAUUCCAAGAAAUGGUGUUUCAAGUUUCAGUAGAUAGAUUAAGUUCAGAGGUUGGAGAUGCAAAUGACAUGGAUAAUAUAAUUGCAUCUGUUAAAGAUCUUGAGAUCACACCAGAGAGGAUUAGAGAAUUUAUACCUAAAGUUAAUUGGGAUCAGUUAGCUUCCAUGUAUGUUGCUGGUCGUACUGGUGCUGAAUGUGAAUCAAGGUGGUUGAAUUGUGAUGAUCCUUUGAUCAACCAAGGUGCAUGGACUAAUGAAGAGGACAAGUCUCUUUUACUUGUUGUCCAAGAUAUGGGCAUUAGGAACUGGUUUGAUAUUGCCGCAUCAUUGGGCACAAGCAGGACACCAUUUCAAUGCUUGUCACGAUUCCAGAGGAGCUUAAAUCCUUCCAUGUUAAAUAGUGAAUGGACUGAGGAAGAAGAUGCUCAACUCUGUUCUGCUGUGGCAUGUUUUGGUGAGAAGGAUUGGCAGUCUGUGGCUUCUGUUUUAGAACGGAGGACAGGAACCCAAUGCUCGAAUAGAUGGAAAAAAUCCCUUUGUCCCGACAAGAAAGGGAGCUUUACAUGUGAAGAGGAUAUACGCUUAACAGUAGCAGUCAUGCUUUUUGGACGGAAGUGGAAUCUAAUAGCAAAAUAUGUUCCUGGCCGGAUCCAAUCUCAGUGUAGGGACAGAUACCUCAAUAGUCUGGAUCCUUCUUUGAAAUGGGGUGGAUGGACUGAGGAAGAGGAUUUAAGAUUAGAAACUGCAAUUGCCAAGCAUGGAUACUGCUGGUCUAAGAUUGCUGAAGAAGUGCCUCCCCGUACUGAUUCUCAAUGCCGGAAGAGAUGGAAGGUGAUAUGUCCUGAACAAGUUCCUUUGCUUCAAGAAGCCAGAAAGAAGCAAAGGUCUGUUAUUGGUAGUAACUUUGUUGAUAGAGAAUCUGAUCGCCCAACCAUUACAUUGAAUGACUUUCUACCUUUAAAUGCUUUAGCCCCAAAAUCUGAUGAUGUUGGUGCUUCAAAUCGCCGGAAGAAGGGCAAGUCAAGCAAUGUUCCCAAGAAAACGAGUUCGAAAAAACGUGCCAAAAGAACUCGACUUCGUGCCAAGGAAGUACAAAAUACAGAUGUAUAUAGCGAUGAUGAGAUCAAGACUUGUGAUGAAGAAGGCCCAGACUCUGCAUGCAGCAAUGUUCGCAAGAAGAUGAGGCCCAAAAGACAUGCAAAAAACACUCGACGUUGUCCCAAGGAAGUAGUGGAUACAUCAUGUAGUGACAAGGUCAAUUCUACCUGUAUUGCAAGUUCUGAAAAUCAAGAUUCGGACAAAUCAAAGAGAUUAUCUAGAGUUGGAAAUGAAGAUUUGUUUGAGAAGCAGAAUGAUGCUUCUGACAGACAAGUGGGAAAACCAGAUGAUGCAAACACUUUGACCAGUGAUGAUGAUGAUGGUAUGACCCAUGCAUGCUUUGUGGGAAACAAACCAAAGAAAGGGAGUCAAGCUGCUAAAAAACGUUGUGCACGCUCUUCUUCCAAAUUGAAAAAGGGUUAUGCGUUACUUCGUGAAGGGCGUUGUGCAAGCAAGCCAACCAACAAAUCUGAUGACAGUGGGCCAUCAGUGUCAAGGCAUGUUGAAGAGGAGACUGUUCUGCAUGGCGGUGUUGCUGAACGCAUGGACAUCAAUGUGGAAGAAGAUGAUGCCCUGCUUUCUUCCUUCUUGCAAAGCAGGCCCAAGAGACAGACAAAACGCCCCAGUAGGUAUUUAUAAAGGUAGUGUUAACUAUCCAAAUUGCUUAAAAGUUGUGCUGUGAAAUUGGGUAGUGGCCAAACCAUAUACAUAUGUUUUGAGUUGUUGAAAGCCCACUUUGAAUUUGAAGUUGUUUUAUAGGUACAGUUAGAUUCGAGUUUAAUUAUGCUUAGCUUGGGCCUGUAUAGUGUAUAUAGAAUAUAGAUUUUCAGCCUGGCGCAUUUUGUAAACUGGAGUGCCAGAAAUCUGUUCCCAUUUUAUAGUGUUAAAUAUCUCGAGCGUCAACUGUGAAACGUUUGGAUUUUGUAUUGGUUUUCAUCCACUGUAAAACUUUGUUUAAACUGGAAAAACCAGCGAGUUGGUCUGCUGUGUUGUUUCAGAAUCAUCAAUGAAGAAAGAAGAAUCAUACAAAUCAUUUCAA